AUGGGGCUGAGCUACGUUGGGUUUGUUGGGUAUAGUCUGGCGGCGCAGUUUCUAGAAACGGAGGAGAGGGUGAUGAUAGGUUGUGCCGGGGUGUGCGCGGAGGAGAAGGAUUUGGAGGAGGGGAUGUUCAGGGUGAAGAGUGUGGAGGAGGCUGUCAGUAUUCUGUUGGCGCAGUCGCCGGAAAAGUUGAGGGAGUUGGUGAAGCUCGCGUUUUACAAGCCGCCCAAGAUUACCCCAUCUUGCUUUUUGUCGAAUUUUAUUGAGAACUACAUAAUCAGCUUUGGGGGUGAAUCUAAAGGUAGAAAUGCUGCCAUUGUUGCUUGA